ACAUUUUCGAGAAGUUCUAACUGUGAGACAAACUGGCUCAUCCAAAAAUGAUGUACACUCCUCAAGUCGCAUUGGUCUGUGUUGUAAUGAUGUUGUGGUCAGCCCCUAAUGCAAGCAUUGGUCAGCUAAUUGAAGUGGACCUAAACAAGGGCUUCAUAUAUAGCACCCCGAUCUACUGCUCUGCUGCCGUGCCUAGCUAUUUCAACUGUAAGCCUUCAGCCUGCUACUGGUCAGGGUCAAGGUCAGAGUGCUGCAUGUACAAAGACAAAACAGCAAGCGGCACAACGUUUGAUCAAUGCAAAUGCAGCAGCAAAGUUAGCUGUCCAGUUACCACGACAACAACAGCCACAACUACCUCGACCACGACCACGCCAACCACUACUCCAAAAGCUUAUUAUGCGAACGAACCCCUGUAUUGUACAGCCAAUGUGCAAGCUGAUGCAUAUAAACUUUGUGAACGCCAAGACUCGUGUUUCUAUUCAACAACAAGAAGCAAAUGUUGCUCUCGACUGUCGGGAAAAGAUGUUACUAUACCGUUAUCUGAUGACCCACAAGACGUAUUAAAAUUUUGGGGCGUAGAACCUCAAUGCUUCUGCUCUGGAGAAGUUCAGUGUCUCUAGGUUCUCACCAUGCCCCAUCAGAAAGCAGGGUUCCUAUGCUGUGUCGAAGAACCCAACUGAAAUUCAUUUAAAUAUAUAUAUUAGCUCUAUUAACCUUUAUUCGUAUAGUCUAAGUAUAAUUGGACUAAACGGAUAUUUUUUCCUGUAAUUUACUGAUUCUUUUUAAUAAAUUUAGCGUGUUAUUUUUG